GAGGGGAAUUUAUCAAUAGCUUCUCUUUGCAACUUUCUACAUUCUGCCCUUUUGCCAUUCUUUUUCCUUUAUCUAUUUCCUUCCAGCUUCUCUUCCUCUAACAAAGCUGAGAACUUGUUUCUCAUUAGAUUUGCACUCUUCAAUCUUUGAACAGUGAGGUUUUGGAGUGUUUUAUGUAUUGGUUAUACAGAGUGAUUUUACAUUGAAGAAGAAAAUUUUGUUUUGGAUCAAUGAGUAGGAAGAGAUCUAGUGCUGCUUCCUGGGGGAUAGAGAUUUUUCUGGGGUUGAUUUUGAUAUUUGCUGUCAGAAAUUCAGAUGCAUACACCAACCCUGGGGAUGUUGCGGCAAUUAAUAGUCUAUACAUUGCAAUGGGAUCACCCACUCUUCCCGGAUGGGUUGCUAGUGGUGGAGACCCAUGUGGUGAAGCUUGGCAAGGCGUCUCCUGUGACAACAUGAACAACAUAGUUUCAGUAAAACUCAAUGGUGCUAAUUUGGGAGGAGAACUGGGUGAUAACUUAGGAGCAUUUACUACAAUUACUACAAUAGAUCUGAGCAACAAUAACAUUGGAGGUAGUAUUCCAUCCAAUCUACCAGUUACCAUGCAGAACUUUUUUCUUUCAGAUAACAAGUUUUCCGGAAAUAUUCCUGAUUCUAUAUCCAGUCUAACACAGUUGUCAGCUAUGUCUCUGAACGACAACCAGUUAACUGGAGAAAUACCUGAUGCUUUCCAAGGACUUGCUGUUUUGGUCAACCUAGAUUUGUCGAGUAACAGUUUGAGUGGGCAACUGCCAUCAUCAGUACAAAACUUAUCUGCCCUAAGCACUCUCCAUUUGCAAAACAAUCAGCUUUCUGGAACUCUAAAUGUUUUACAGGAUCUUCAUCAACUAACAGAUUUAAAUGUAGAGAAUAAUCAAUUUUCAGGACCUAUACCCGAACAGUUGUUGAACAUUCCAAAAUUUAAAAAAGAUGGAAAUCCAUUCAACAACAGCAUUGCUCAGUCCCCUCCACCUGCAUCGUCAGCAAAACCACCUCCUGCACCGCCAUUUUUUGGGGCACCAACUUCUGUGCAGGCACCACCAACUUCUGUGCAGGCACCACCAACUUCUGGACGAACCCCUGGAAAGCAGGCUGAUGGACCAUCUGCAACUGCAGAAUCAAACAAUAAAACAACAAAGAAAAAAAGUUUAACCACCAAAAGGGUUGUCUGGAUUUCCAUUGCAGCCGUGUUAUCAUUUUUAAUAUUGGUAUUGGUGCUCCUCUUAUGUCUGCCAAGGCGCUUUAGACAGAGGCGUGAAACACACAGAAUCCCCAAGCCUCAUGAAAUAGCUCCAUAUGUAGGAAACAGAGAGAAUCCUAGAGACAACAGUUCCUUGGACCAACCUGGUCAUCGUCAAGAGAAAGAUUCGCGGGUGCCAGUUGAAAUGCCAAAGGAAGAGCUUCAAACGGGCAAAAGAACAGGAGGUUUCAUUCCAAAGCCACAAAAUGUGGAGGCAGAUUCAAAAAAGAUGAGUGCAAUUCCAAAGAGAAAUGAUCAUGAGAUAGACAUGAGUAGAUUUGAUAUUGACUUGAUGUCACCACCGCCCCCACCACCUCCACCACCGCCACCUCCACCUCCACCUCCGCCACCGCUGCCUCUUGUUCAGGAGAAGGUUGUUGUAAAGCCGCUUAACACAACUGAAGAUACAACAGUGAAGCCUACUGCCAGACAUCUUCCACCAACUUCCGUGAGGUCAUAUACAAUCGCAGCUCUUCAGCAAUAUACAAAUAGUUUUUCUCAAGAAAAUCUCAUUGGAGCUGGAAUGCUGGGGGCUGUGUAUAAGGCUGAGCUUCCUAAUGGGAAGUUGCUUGCUGUCAAGAAACUGGACAAAAGGGUUUCUAAUCAACAAAAGGAUGAUGAGUUUUUGGACCUGGUUAACAAUCUUGACAGAAUUCGUCAUGCUAAUGUUGUUGAACUCAUGGGUUACUGUGCGGAACAUGGUCAAAGACUUCUGGUUUAUGAGUACUGCUGCAAUGGAUCACUGCAGGAAGCUUUGCACUCUGAUGAUGAUAUUAGAAAUCAACUUUCAUGGAAUGCCCGGAUCAGAAUGGCUCUUGGUGCUGCAAGAGCUCUAGAGUAUCUGCAUGAGAUCUGUGAGCCACCUAUCAUUCACAGGAACUUCAAGUCUGCCAAUGUUCUUCUUGACGAGGAGCUAGCUGUGCAUGUUUCCGAAUGUGGUUUGGCUUCUUUAAUAACAUCGGGAGCUGUUAGUCAGUUGUCAGGACAACUUCUUACUACAUAUGGAUACGGUGCCCCAGAAUUUGAGUCAGGAGUUUAUACUUCCAAAAGCGAUGUUUACAGCUUCGGGGUUGUGAUGCUGGAACUCUUGACUGGUCGAAUGUCAUAUGACAGGACAAGGACUCGAGGAGAACAAUUUUUGGUCAGAUGGGCUAUUCCACAGCUUCAUGAUAUUGAUGCCUUAUCAAGGAUGGUUGAUCCUUCUCUGAAUGGAAGAUAUCCUGUUAAAUCUUUAUCUCACUUUGCUGACAUUAUUUCACGCUGUGUCCAGCCGGAGCCAGAGUUUAGGCCUCCAAUGUCUGAAGUUGUGCAGGAUCUCAUAGAAAUGAUACGGAGGGAAUCUCCAAACAGAUCAGAUGGCAACUGACUGAGAUUAUCAAACAAGAAAUGGUGAAUCAGUUUCUCUGAAGCUGCAAAACAGACAACAUUUUUUUGGAAAUUGACUUGGGAUAAAUGAUCAGGAACCAACCAUGAACUCGAUUCGCCUGCUGACACGACUCUCAAUUCUUUCAUCAAGGGGGCGCCUGGAAGAAGGUUGCUAAUGAGUAGUUCAACAACCAUUUGGUUGUCUGGUAAUCCUGAUUCUUGGAAUUGGUUAAUUAUCGACAUUCUAGUAUGACUUUUGCAGUGUGUAGAUCCACUUAACCCAAUUGUUUGAUAGGUAUUAUUUAACAUUAAUUGUUGAUAGUGAAAAUCAUUUAGCUGUAUCUUGUUAUUGCUGGGCUACGCCCAUUAUUUUGUAUGGAUGUCUGGGGGCAGUGUUGAAAAGCCCUACAUUGUACAAUAAUUAGGGCCUCUAGUUAUAGUGUAUUUUGAUGAUGAUACCAAAUUUUGUUCAUCUGAGAAUGAAAACUAUUGCAAUUAUGUUAAAA